AUGUAUUUGCAUGCAUCGUUUUGUGGCAAGGUAGGGAAAAUACCCAUGGAACAUGAUGACGACCUUGCCUGUGAGAUGGACCCAUUCUGUGGCAGUCACCAACACCCUCUAGGCUGUCCAAAACAAGAACCUCCUGACGGUGUGGAAACAAAUGGUAAAACUAGUGUUGCAAACCAGAAUAACAGCCAGUCAGUUUCUGGAGGAGGAGGAAGUCUAGUGACUGGGGUCCACAAGACCAGUAAUGGAGGAAAGCCUAGAGGUGUCAGCAAUAGCGGCAGUGGAGGUGAUGAUGGCGAUGAUGGCCAAAGACCAAAUGUCCCUGUUGGUGGUUGCCAAGGUGAUAGUCAGUGUUAUAUUGAAGACGAUGAGAAAGAAAAUGAUGGUGAUGAUGAUGAUGAUGGCAAUGACCAGAAUGACAACAAGGAAAAUGAAGUCUCCACUCAUCAUGAAGCAGCUGGUAAGUGAGGCUCAGAAUCAUUGAGUUUAUCCACCAGUUACAUGUUAAGGUUUUGUCCAUAUAAUUAUUAUUAUGGUUUCAUUUCUUAUUUCUAACUCUUUGAUAAUGUGGGUUGGUUGCUUAGGAAGAAAGAAAAAUUGGUGAUAUUUAAAGUUUUUUGAACUUAAACACAAGGUAUUCUUCAAGUUUUUUUUGCUAACAGUGAAAAUAAACCCAUUCAAGAGCACAUGGGCAGUCUACAUGCAAUAACUUAAGCAUAAAUGCUGAAAUCAGGGCAGCUGAUAGCCAAUUACCGGUAGAUUACAACUAUAAUAUGUUAAUAAUAGUACUAUGUACAGUGGAACCUCAAUAUAAUGAACCUCUACAUAACAAAGUCUUUGGUAUAACAAACAAUUUUCUUUACCCCUGCAAUAAUAGUAAAAUAUAUGGAAAAGAACCUCAAUAAUAUAAUGGAACUUUGUCAUAGCGAACAAAUUUUUCCACUUUCUUGCCAUAAUUCUGAAAAUAAUGCUGGGAGAAGGGAGGAUGGGAAAGACGUUGAGGGGGAACUGUGUCAUGACUCUCAAGUAUCAUUGCAAAAUAUUUAAUAUGCUUUAAUAGUCUGAGUAAAUAAUGAUAAUAAUUCUUAUUAAGGUUUGACUUAUUACUUAUUUUUUACAUUGACUGCAACCCUUCUCUUUUAAUUAAUUAAUUAAUUAAUUAAUGUAUAUUUUUUUCUUAGUGUAUUUAUUUAUUAAAUUUUAUUUACUUUUUUAAGACCCCACAAGAAUCGUCAUUUUUGAAGGAGGUGACGUUUCAUGAAAGAAGAAGAAGAAGAAUUAUAAAUGUUAUUGCCUUUUAUAGGUAAUAACCAGAUGGACGUUAAACAGAUGGCAGCUGAUGUGGGUCAAUCUUUUGAAUCAAGAUCAUUUGGAGCAUCAGGAGGGUCACUAAAUUUCACCAGCAAUGAAUCAGGACAGUUAAGCCAAACAAGUAAAGAAUGCCGCAAAAAUGACAGUGAAGUGUCUCAUGUUGUACGUGCUAAGAAAAGAUCUGACCAGGUUAGUUUGUUAUAAAUUAAAAUAAGGUGCUUCUGCUAUGGUAACUACUCAAAAUGUUCUGUUAUCAAAUCUUAUCAAAUCCAAUGUUAAGCAAAGGUAGGGAAUGAUUGUGUGCAGAAAUUGAACACAAACUCAGAAUUUUGUGUGAGACCAAUAUUAUUUCAAUUUCAUCUGAUUCCUUCACCAAAUGAAACUGAUGAAGCAGAAUCCAGGGUUCAUACAGAGUCUUGAAUUCUUGAAAAAGUCUUGAAAUUUGCCCAGCAAUUUCUCUGACCUGGAACAAGUUUGGAAAAUAGAGAGAAAGUCUGGAAAAAUGGUCAAAAGUCUUAAGUUUGUUUUCAAAGCUAUAACAAGUGCUUCAUAGGUUUUUUUUUUUGCGUUUUGGUCAAAUCUUAUUCAAUCUUGCCUGUAAGUUUGCCGUGCAUUGAGAGAAAAGCUUUGUUUCUGUUUUUAAUUAGGUCUGAAUUGAUCACCUAUUUGACAGCCUCGAGUCUGGAAAAAGAAAUUAUUGUUUUGAAGAAAAGUUUGGAAAUAGUCUUGAAUUUUGGAUUCUGUAUGAACCCUGAGAAUCAGACAUUCUAAAAAUCAUUCAAAACAUUUAUGCAGCAAUAGCAAAGAAUUAAUAGUGCAGUGUAAUAAAAAAUUAUAUAGAUAAUUAUGUGUCUGUACACUGCCACUGGAUUCAUUUUGCAGUUCUUUUAGUGUGUUGAUGAUUAUCAUAAUAUUGUUUGAACCCUUGAUGAUUGUUCAACGAAUAAUAAUCAUGAUCAAAUGCCUAGUGGUUAAAGUAUUAAGACGGAAUCGGAAUCAGCCGAUUUUUCCGCGAAUUUGCCCCUGAAAAUCCCGUGAAAUUUUGCUUUUUUUCUGCGAAAUGUCAGGAGCCCUGAGUUAUCUAUAAUAACACCAAAGACUGUGAAAACCCAGGUAAAAUUCUGAAAAUUUCAUGUGUUAGAUGUCAUUUUGUGAAAUUUGACAUUUAUUUUCUCAGGCUGUCAUAAGAAACUUUCUUUGGUGUUAUUACAGAACUAACUAAUAUUACAUCUAUAUAGCCCUUGACAAAUGUAAAAAGAAUGUGAUAUUGUUUAAAUUAUUCUGGUACAAGGUUUUUGUCCACUGAAAAUUAAAAUUACUCAAUUCCCAGAUGGAUUCUGUCUUAACCUUUUCUUUGAUGAUUUACUCAGUUAUCUUUGUGUAAUCAUUAGGAAUUAAAACUUGAUGUCAUUAUGGCCAGGGGAAUCUCACAACCUCAUACUAGCACAUAUCAGGUAAGUGACGAGUUUUAAGCUGUGGCAGAUUUAGUCGUCCAUGUGGCUGUUAUCCUUAUUUACAGUGUAAUAGGCUGUUUGCACUAAGAUGUCAUGUGACAUUGUUUUUAUGAUUAAAAAAAAGUUACAUGAUUUUACCUUUGAAAAACGAUUAGUGGAUUAGUGAAACAAUAAUCUGUUAAUGUUUACAGCACAUCUGAACAUAACUAUCAAAUGUUUAACAAGAUACAAACAAAAAGUAGUUUUAUUUGGCCGCCAUGUUGGAGGGCAAGAUUACAUGUAUGCCAUCCAAUGUGGUGGCCAAUACAAAUCAUACUACUUUGUUGGAAAAAUCAAAGUGCCAUAAAAUAUCUCCCUUAAAAUGUGUUUCCUCUCAAAUUUAGGGUGUAAGAUUAUUGUUAUGUGCUCUGUCAAUUUAUAAUAUCAGCAAGAUUCCAACUCACUGUUUAAAGGGGUGAGCUUAUUUAUGGUUUUGGAUUCAAUAGUUUGGGGAAUUUUUUUUUUGGUGGGGGGCUAAUUUUAAUUAGUUAGUGGCUAAUUUAAGUGGGGUGCUUAUUUGAAGGAGGACACUAAUUUGAGUAUUUACAGUAGCUUAAUGUACACUCAGGUUUUUAUUAUGUAAGUUUAAAAAUAAUAUUCAUCCUAACCUUUAACAUUUAAACCCUAUUAUCUCUAGGCUAUGAACAGUCUUCCAGGAGGGGAUAUAGGGAAAGACGCAGAGGCCAAAGUGCACUUGCAGAAGGCCUUUGCAUGCCGUCAUCGCAACAUGGGUACUUGGGAAGAAUGCAGUGACCUCUCCUGCCAAACAAUCCAGCAACUUUUGGCCCAUUCACAGAAUUGUCACAUGCGCGUAUUAGGAGGUUGUGGCCAUUGUAUUCGUUUCAAGAACAUGUUACUUUCUCAUGCUUCAAGUUGUAAGCUUCCAAGAGGAGCAUGUGUUAUUGAGAAGUGUGAUGACAUCAGGAGGUACAAGGAAAGAACCAACAUUCCUGACAACCGUCACUGGUCCCGCAAGCUUGAUCAACUGUUCUUUAGACCAAGUCCACCUAGAUCACCCACUGUGCUUCAAAAUGAACCUGACUUCUCUCCCAGGGAAGAUGAAACUGAUGAUCAAGUGGAAUCCUCCCAAGGAGACUCCCUUAAUCUGAGCAGCCUUAAAAGUGCCAAUGAGAAUUCUGCAUGGGAAACGCAAGGGGCGUGGAGCCAGUAUCAUCUCGAUCGCCCUCCAGACUUCCCUCAACCAUUUGAAAACAUCCACACCUUGUCAGAAGCAUAUGUAACAGUCGCCCGUGGUCCUGGGGUUGACAUAGAAGACGAUGAGAGCGACACUUCUGCUGCGCCAUUGAGUGCCAUAUGUGUACCGGGAACUAGCCAAGCUGCUGAAAAUAUCAUUCCCAGGCAGGAGAUCAUUUGGCCCCUUAAUAAGGUAAUGAAAUCAACACUUUUAAAUGCUGAGUGAAUUAGUAGUCUAGUCAAGUAGGUUCAAUGAACUCAUUAAACCAACGUUAUAUAUUACUUAUUAACCGAGAGUGAGUUCAUUUCAGGGAAACGGUCAAUACAUCAAGGUCGAGGUCUGAUAUUUUGCUGUAAUGACAGAACGCAAUAUGUUAAUAAGUUAUUCUUUAUAUGCCCUUUUCAUUAUGGACCUGAGCCUGCGAUGAAUUAAAACCAACAACUGAUCUGCAGAUAACUUUAAAAAAAAUGUCACCUCAAUGAGUUGUACACCUGAGCCUGUGAUACAGUCAGGUGACACUGGUCAGUGGAUACCCUUUUUGACAGCUGUCAAUUUACCAUAACAUGGAUGUCCAUAAGGAUGUCCACUAUCAAGUUAAACACAGAUUGUAUAUACCUUGGACACCUACAAACAGCGACAAAAUUGUACUCAAAUAGGGUAACUUCUGAUAAAAAAAGAAUCCACACCCCUCCUCUGUCCCCUCAGCGUGCAAAGAAAGUAGUGUCUGAUAGCCCGGGGCUAGUGAAUUUUGCUAUCGGGCUUACUGAAUAGCUGAAAUGAUGUUUGGGCUAGUAAAUGUUAGCUUCAGCUUGCCUGAAUGGUAAGCUGUAAAAAUGGCUUUCUUUGCACCCUGCCCCUCCAUUCAAAGUUGGGUGUUUGUUGUUUUCUAUAGGUAGCUCAAACAGUGGCACAACAUCGCAGGGAGGGGAUGGGGAAGGAAAAGCUAUAUUUCCCCCUUUUGACGUCAGUUAAACGUAAAUAAAACCAGUUUAGGGUGAAGUGUCUCAACUCAUUUUGUCGCUGAUUGUAGCUAGUAAUGCCAGGUCAUUACAAGAAAACAGCCAAUCAGAGCACGUGAAAUAUUGUAGCCAUAAACCAAUAAUACAUAUUCCAAUGACAAAUACAAUAAAUUAGGGAUAUAUUAAUAAAAAUAUUAUUUCAAUCUUAUUACAGUUUCUAUAGCGCCAAAAUCCCUUGAAUUUUAAGGCACUUUUCUUGUAAAUGUGAAAUUGAAUAUAAUUUUGUGUACAUUAAUGCCCAAAUAAUACAAGUAUAAAGUAUUAAGUGAUCGUUGGGCGGCCAUUUUGAUUAUUUCAUAAACAUAGCCAGCGCUAUUGGGUCAUGUACAUGUGUAAUAUUAGAAAGUGUCCUUUUUCUUCCUUUUUUAUUAUCUUUUUAUUUUAGUUGAGUUAAUACACGAAAUUUAACUAUCUUGUUCUAAAAUAGUUGGUUUUGUAUUAAAUUUUUGUUACACUCAAAUUGUCUGUUGAACAAGUUCACUAAAGAGAAACUUCUAGUAAAACAAGGUUAAAUUAGUCUUUAAAAAACUGCACAAUUUGCAUCAUUUAUCACAUUUAUUAAUCAACCUUUCCUAACGCACAAUAUUCCCUGAAAAUGUUGCAUAAUUUCUGAUUUAUCAUUGUACCCUAUCGGAUAGCCUCCCACGCAGGCGUUUUUGGGGGAGCACGUUUUUCAUCCCUCUCCACAAACGUCUGCUCAACCGAAAAUAACAUUCCUUUCUCAUUGUUUUGUUUUUGCGUGGUAAGUGACCAAUGAACAGUUUUGAAAUAUAGUGUUGACAGGCUAAACGCGACUAAAACGUGACCUUAGACUUACUGUUUUUCUUCUUUUCUUUCCUUCGCUAAGGUUAUGCAGUGCAUGGAGAAUUCUAAAAUUUGACUAAAUCUUGGUUUUGCCGCACUGAAUCUAACAUUUAUUAGAGGUCAGAAAGCUUUCUCAGUGUUUCAUGCAGAUCAAGUAAUUAUUAGAUUACCCUGCGGUCAAGGUCAACUUUCCAGAAUUUGGAAAGUACAAGGUGAUUGGCUAAGCAUGGGAAAGGAAUGUUGUUUUUGGUUGAGCAGGCGUUUGUGGGGAGGUAUGAAAGACGAGCUCCCCUAAAAACGCCUGCGUGGGAGGCUACCUAUCAGAGUAGCCUGAAUAAUUUUAAUAAGUAGUUAUUAAGUCCAUCAUUGAUCUGUAUUUAUCGAUUAUUUUUAGGAAUAUUUGAGUGUUGGUGAGGAUGGAUGUUAUGUGGAGAAGGUCCACUGGGCACGUGAACGUCACAUUGGUGGUGGUUCUUGUGGCCGUUGUUAUCUGUGUAUUGACUUGAACUCCAACUUUCUAUUUGCCAUUAAAGAGGUAAGGCUCAUUUUCCCUAAAUAUCUCUUGUUAUUAUACUUGGUGACUAUGGCUUUUGUGUUUCAUUAUUAUAUUCUUGGUUAAGAUUUCAUUAUAAUCCUAAUCCAUAAGUUAUAAUAGGUGGAAUAUAUGCAUGUGUGAUCGUCUGUGUUAUCACAGUUCUGAGUAGGACUGUUGUUGAUGGUACAUGUACCUGUUGUUUUGACAACCUGUGCGGUAGUCAUCUUCAGAGUUAAAGUGAGUUGUAUCACAUGGUCAUCAACCUAAUUUAUCAUUAAGUCACACUGUUAAGCUGUGAUGUCAUUAGCUAGGAUGACUUUAAAUGUCAUUUGCAAGUUUUCAAUCCAUCGUUUGUCACAGUUAAACAACUGUUUACUUUAUUGUUAGCAGGGUUGUCAAAAGUAGCCGGCUGCUGGUGAAAAUCACCGCCUACUUGGUUAGUAUCGGCCGGCUACUCUGCUUGGCAUUUCUUUACAGAUGGUGUUUUUUAAAUAAAAUAUCCCUGAACUGUCCGCUUGCUUUGACAACUCGGCUGUCUACUUCAAAACUUUCUGACAACCCUGUGUUAGUCAAAUUCGCGGUUAUCUGGAGUCAUUUGUAUGGCCCCAUUAACUCAGUAGAAAAUUCAGUUAUCAUUCCAUCAACGGUUAUGUAUUCAGGACAACACUUACCCGGACGAUUAUACGCCACCUACUUAUGAAAUGUUUCCUAGGUUCAAAACAUUUCUCUUAACUGUUAUUGUUCACUAGAUAUGGUCUUGACUUUGAAAGAAGUGAGGAUUAAACUGCACAUAUACGGCCACUAACUAACGUUACUGUAGCCACUUAUUAUUCGUUCUGCAGGUAUAGGAUAACAGUAACCUACAUGAUUAAAUACGAUAAUACAUGUUACUGAGGAUCAUCUAUUGACUUUCUUGACUAUUUGUAGAUCCCUGAAAGCAGUUUUGACUUCAAUGAAGUGCAGGUUUGGGGUCACCUGUCAGGCCGACACCCAGGCAUUCUGGAGCUGUAUGGAGCUGUAAAGUAUGAUGGAAAAUUCACCAUUUUCAUGGAAUACAUGGAAGGCAAGAAAAUCUCUCUCUGUUAGGAAGAGAAUUUCUUCUUAAUUUUCAAGCUUAAUGUCAACUAAGAAUGUAGGUGCUUAAAAAAUGAAGGGAAAUUUUAGCUACGGUAUUUUUGAAAAGAUUUUAAUCCUGAAUGAUAUUGAAAGAUAUUGGUGGACAAUCAAAAAGUCAUCAAUUAACCUCAUUUCCAUGCAAAUAAAUAUCAUACCAUCAAAUCAGUGGUAUAUUGCUUGCAUCUUCCAAAUAUGGUAUUAGCCAGGGAUGUCACUAAGUCAAGUAGCUGGGUAAAUGCAUGUACAACAAGUAGGUGGGGAAUAAAACAGCUAGGGAUUUCUUUUGGUUCUAUUUUUCUUCUAUUUUUCUAUGAAAGUAGCCCGUGGCCAUGUUCAUGGUAGGCAGGGGAAAUCCCCGGCCCUCGCCUCUUAAUGACAGCCCUGUGGUAAGCACUUUUAAAGGAGCUGCGUAUAAUUUGAACAGUGGGGCUGCCACCAAAUUGAGUGAAACGUAAAGAUAAAUUAAAGCUCCAAACAUGGCAUGCAUGGUCAAACUUGAAGAAAAAUGAUUGAAACAGAUUGUAAUAAUUGUGUUUUUUGAAAACUGGUUAGCCUGGCAGAUUUUCAAAGUUCAUUUUUGUUGUGAACAAAAUAAAAGAUGCUAAAUUUUAAGCUCAGUGAAGCAAAUGUGAAAAUUAAAUGAUCAGCAUGUCACGAGCGUGGGACAAAGAAAAAAUCUGAGUCCCCAACAGGAUUCGAACCUCUGACCCCCAAAACACUGGGUGGGCACUCCAUCCACUUGAGCUACGGAGAACUCAUGGUUCAUAUUUGACAGGCGUCCCGCAUACUGCUAGGAUCAGCGAUGUCGAUGUCAGACUAUGUGAUGAAAGAAAUGAAAGAUCGUAAAUUUUAAGCUUGGUGAAACAAAUGUGAAAAUGAAAUGAUCAGCAUGUCAUGAGGGUGGGACAAAGAAAACAUUGUUGCUUGUAAUGUUUGAAAUAAUGCUUGGGAGACAUAAUAGUUAUUUGACACAGAUCUUCAAUGUUUCAUAGUUGAUAAGAAUGUGUAAUUAAUAUUUUACACAAAAUGAACUGGUCAGCGAGCUGUGACACAGUCCUUUUAACUUAGGUGGCAUUAUUUUCCCAUGAGGUCAUGAGGUUUUGUAAGACAGUCGUAUUUCAAGUUAGCUGUCAUUUUUCUGUUUUUAUUUACAACAGGGGGCUCUGUGGAUCACGUUGGGAAAAUGCAUGAAACUUUGGCAUGCCACAUCUUUUGCAAGGUUCUCUCUGCUGUAGACUUCAUGCAUUCUCAAGGAAUUGUUCAUCGGGACAUUAAAGGUUUGUUAUGGCAGUUACACUACCCUUUACAUUCACAGCAGGUCAAGCUCUUAGUGUUCCCUUAAAGAUUCCAUUCAUGAAUCAACUAGUCAUUGCCAUAACCAGUCUCAAAUUCAAAUCUGCAUUCCUGCAUGCAUAAUGAGCAGUGAAUUUUUUCUCAAUUACUCCUCUGUCUUCCGUCAGAUUGAAAAAUCUUGGAAUGGAUAAAAUGCAGUUGCUUUGAGGACUACAUUUACAUCAAAUUCAAGUAAACUGAGCUGACAGGAAUUUCAUAACUACUUCACAUGUGAAUUCACUGCUCAUUAUGCAUGCAGGAAUACAGAUAUAUAUCUGAAAUCUAUAACUACCAACCGAUUCAACUUUCAGUUAUUAAACUCAUUAAUGCAAUCUUGUGCAAUCUUGGUGGGGGGCGGCUGGUCUUGACCUGGCCUGGCCUGACUAUUAAUCUACCCAAUUUAUAUUAAGGCUCUUCAAUGGGAAUGCAGAAAGGGCUGGAAAACACAGAAUUUGAUGUGGCAACAUCCUGGGCGAUUUAAUAAGAUUUUGCUCCAGAGGCUACCAGAAAUCCAGGUGUACCUUAAACCAGGGUUCUCAUUAAGUCCCAGCUGCCGGCUAAAAAACCAGCUACUUGAAGGUUUGAGCUGUCUACUUCUUGGGAAAAAAGGGUAAAGUGAAAGAGUGAAAGCCUGAAAUUGCCUACAGCACUCAAGCUAUUACCAAGCUGCCUAUAUUUACAUCAUAUAGCUGUCUACUUUAAAACUUAAUGAGAACCCUGCGUAAACACUAUAAGUCAUUUCAGCUGUCAUAAUACCAAUACAUCAACACAACUUUUCAGCUUGAGUCGUGUUUUAGAUUAAACAUGUCAUUUUUGUUUUCAUAGGUGCAAACAUUCUCACUGAUGAAACAGGGGAAAAAGUAAAGUUAGCUGACUUUGGAACAAGUAUUUGGCUUUCAAACGGAUAUCAACAGGAUGACUUUCCUCGAGGAACAGAGCCUUUUAUGGCACCCGAGGUAAUAAUCAUGAUACGUUGCUACUGGUUUUAAUUAUUAUUAUUAAAGCUGAAUCAUUGGAUAUUCAAUUCUAGAGCUCUGAUUGGCUUAGCCAUCAUGGUAUAUGAGACAUUAUACCAUGCUCUCCAAAUAUGGUAACUGUACGUGUGUACGCGUCUGCUCAAAAUUAAAAACAAGCUGAAAAUCGGUUGUUUUUACAAAUGAAGUCGUGAAGAAUUCUCGAUAUUUUGUGGGCGUUUUUAGUAAAACAAUUAUUCCACUCAUGCUUGUAGGAUAUGAGAUGAUUAUAGCCAACUCGGCUCUACGGACCGCGUUGGCUAUCUACCACCUCAUAUCCAACGCGCACUUGUGGAAUAAUUGUUAAUUAUUUACAGUUGAUUGCAGUCAACCUCUGUCCCCUCAAAACCCAAUUGGAAACCUUCCUUACUUAAGGCAGACAGCUCUCAUAAGCAGACACUUGGUCAUAGCCUUAACUGCUUAGAAACAAACACUGCAUUUUUCAAUUUUGACCUUCCUUUUGUGGAUGCAUCUUAAGAACACAUUAGUUUUCUGGGCAGGGUGGAUUGCUGGUUACGAGAGGUUUAACUGAAUAAUCACUUCCCUCGAGGAGCUGUUCAUGAACAACCAAAAAUAAUUAGCGCUGGAAACAUUAAAUUCACCUUUUUCUAAGAUGGACACAAUUGGCAGUUUUUCAGUUAACUUUUUAUGAACUUUAUGAACUUUAUUGAAUUUACAUGGCUCGCGCUACCAAAAUGUUCCUGAAACUAGCACAAGUGACCCUGCUCGAAGGCUUGUUAAUAGCCCUCUUGGUUAUUAUGUGUGGAGACCCAGGUAUUCACAGUAAAAUUUCAUUUGUUUUGCAUGUGAUGCAUCCAUGUACUUUGUAUUGCUUUUUAACCAGGUCUGCCGUAGUGAUCGUCACUCAUUCAGUGCUGAUAUCUGGAGUUCGAUGUGCGUUCUUUAUCAGAUGUUGAAAGGAGUUCAUCCAUGGGAACAAUAUCGCCACUCCGAUCGUCUAGUUUUGUUGUAUAAGGUAAUGCCAUAG